UCAUUAAGAUUUGAUCCCAUAAUAUAUGAGUACAAGAUGAACGCUAUUUCCCAAUGAUGUCAAAACCGAACAAUUCGUUUUUAUACACUGCAUUAUUUUAAUAUCAACUUGAUAAAAGGUAUCCCCCAUUCAGUUAUGGCAUUUGACUUUCUCUGUUUUCAAGGAUGGCGAUCUGGUUCAAUAUACUGUCAAAAUUUUUUGUUUCUUUCUGUACCUUCCAAUCUCUCCUCAUCCAGAUUCUGCCAUGCCAAAACCCAAACCACAGCUUCCAAUCUAUGCCCUCGUGGCCGCUAUUGUUGUUUUACUUCAAUUCCCGGAACUUUGUGUGGCCAAAACCAGAAACAAAUAUUGCAACUCAACUGUUUGUGGAAAUGUCACAAUCAGCUACCCUUUUCGAUUACCAACCCAACCUCCCAACUGCGGCGAACCUCGAUUGGAACUCGACUGCGACAGCAACAACCGCACCGUUUUAUCCUUAAACCAUGGCAGAUUCUACGUCCAAAAGAUCUGGUACGAAUACUCUACGAUCCGAGCUAUUGACCCAAACCUCGCUGUGGAUGAUUGUUCCCUUCCUCGCGGCUCCUUAUUGUUCUGGGAUAAAAGGCUGUAUCCUUGGGUUUUCCCAUUGAGUUUCAUGUAUGUAGUGAACUGCACAAAGGCGAUUAAAUCAUCUUUGUAUAUUGAUGCCUCGCGUUGCCCCGUUAACUCUUCCGGUUCCGAUCCGCCACCAGAUUCAUACGUUUAUUUUCUGGGUGAACGAACUUCGCCUCGAGAUUUCGAUGAGUCUUGCAGAAUCGAAGCUACGGUUCCUGUUAUGGUUCAGAAUAUAAGUGGCUUCUCUACUUCGGACAUCUACGAGAAGCUGUUAAAGCCGGGGUUCGAAUUGUCUUGGAGCUUCGGUUCCAAGUCGCAGCAGGCCAGUCCUAUCCAUGCCUUGUUAGGAGACUUGGAAUAUGCCUUGCAAAGUUACAUUGACAGCUUCAUCCAUUACUUAUUCAAAGGCCACCAUAUUGCCCAUGAUUCAUAUUAUGCACCUAAAAGUACUUAUAUUUUAUGUCUUCAAAUAACAGGAGGAUUUAUCUUAGCAAGGACUUUGCCCGGGAUAAUUUGCUUGAUUGGACUUGUUAUUUACAAAUGGAGAAGAAGACAUUUAUGUGCGGAUGAUACGAUCGAAGAGUUUCUUGAACGUCAAAAAGAUUUGAUGCCGAUAAGGUAUUCUUAUCGCGAAAUAGAGAAAAUGAGUAAUGGUUUUAAGGAUAAAUUAGGCGAAGGCGGUUAUGGUUCGGUGUUUAAAGGAAAGCUUCGUAGUGGUUAUUUUGUAGCAAUAAAGUUAUUGGGGAAGGCAAAAGGUAAUGGCCAGGAUUUCAUCAAUGAAGUUGCUACGAUUGGGAGGAUUCAUCAUGUUAAUGUGGCGAAACUUAUUGGAUUUUGUGUUGAGGGAUCAAAACAAGCUCUCGUUUAUGAUUUUAUGCCGAAUGGAUCUCUAGAUCGGAUUAUAUUCGCAAAAGAAAAUAAGGUUGACUUAAGUUGGAAAAAGAUGUUUGAUAUUGCGCUUGGGGUGGCUCGAGGGCUCGACUACUUACAUCAAGGAUGUGACAUGCAGAUUUUACAUUUUGAUAUCAAGCCGCACAAUAUUCUUUUAGACAAGAACUUUACACCAAAAGUUGCAGAUUUCGGUCUUGCUAAACGGUUUUCAGUAGAUGAUAGCAUUGUAUCUCUAACAGCAGCACGAGGUACUAUAGGUUACAUUGCUCCUGAAUUGGUCUACAAAAACCUUGGAGGCGUCUCAUAUAAAGCCGAUGUUUACAGUUUCGGAAUGUUAUUAAUGGAAAUCAUAGGCAGGAGGAAGAAUAUGAAAACAUCUACCGAUCACGAAAGCCAAAAAUACUUCCCGUCAUGGAUUUACGAUCGAUAUUAUCAUGGAGAAGAUGUAGAUUUGGGAGAUGUUACGGAUGACGAAAAGAUUAUCGUGAAGAAGAUGGUGAUAAUAGCUUCUUGGUGUGUACAAGUAAAACCUAACGAUCGUCCUUCGAUGAGCAAAGUCUUGGAGAUGUUCGAAACGGAUGUCGAGCUCCUCCAAAUGCCUCCGAAACCUUUUCAACUUCCCUUUGAAGUAGCAACGGCUACUCAAUCCUAUGCUUCAACCAAAGAUCAACCCCAUGAUAGUUCAACUGAUGAGACAUCUUAUUUACUCUAUUCUUCAAAUGAAAUUACCGGUUUGUUCUUAUUUGAAUAGCCUUUGUUGUAGCUAUUUGCAAAAUGCUGGCUGCUAGUGUUACUACCCCCUUGCGGCCGUCAUUAUCUACUGGACAUCGAUUAGAGUCACGAAUUGAAUGCAGUAGCCGUUGUGGCUUGGUUAGAAUUCCGACUCGGAUUAGGCCAUGGGAACUUGGCUUGCAAUCACAACCUAGUGUAGGAAGAAGUAGAAAACAAUCUUCAUCCAUUGCAUGCACCGCAACUGCUUUGGUAUUUCCUCAAUUUGUUUAGUUUGAGGGGUUUAUUUAAUCUGAUUCUGGGAGAGGAAAAUGCAAUGGAUGAUACACAGCGAAUGAUGCAGAUGGUCUUGACAUAGUCUAACAUGAAUGGGCACUCCCUAAAUUCGAGCAUCGGGCCGAAGCAGUAUUGAAAAACCUCGUCAGCUGAACAUCGGGAGCGUAUAAACAGCUGUCAAAAGGGGGUAGUUCGAUUGAAGUUUUCAUCUUACAAGCUUUUCGAUGUAUAUAUGUGAUUGAAGUUGUCAAAAGGGGGCGUAUAAACAGCUGUCCUGUUUGUUUAAUGAUAUACCUAAAGGGGGAUGUAUGAUUUCAAUUGCAAGGCUAACAAUUGAAACAAUUUUUCCAUGCUUUGAACUUGAUUGACUGUGAUUCCUUUGCUGUUACUUUAGCUUGAUUUUUUUAUGGAUAUAUGUAAAUGAUAAAUCAUGAUAAUUAUCAUCUUACUGCA